AUGACUGAGGCUAAGGUUACCGACUCUGAGCGAGUUGAGAAGGAUAAUGCUAGCAACGGAGUCACUCAAGCUGAGGCUGCGAAAACUGGAGAAGCUGAAGAAACCGCUUCUGUCAAGAAACCCGGAUCAUCCACGGAUGCUAGUGAGGAGAGUGCGAAGAAGAAGCCAUCGUCGGAUCCCUUGACAUCUGGUCCGCUGAUGCUUAUCGCGGUGCUUCUACCGGUGGUGCUGGCAGCGGGGGUGUUGAUCCAACAACGGUCAACUGCAGCCGACCUCGCCCAGAUGCAAACAGCCGCUCUCAGCUGGCUCGACUUCGGCGCCUUCACUGCGAAAAAGCCGGUGCCAGCGGGCGAGCAGCGCAUCAUUCAGCUGUCGGCGUGGAAGCCGCGCGCGUAUCUGUACAAGGGCUUUCUGUCGGACGCCGAGUGCGACCACCUCAUCCGCCUCGCGCAGCCGCGCCUAGAACGGUCGGAGGUGACGGACAGCGAGGACGGGCACAGCGAGGUGAGCGAGGUGCGCACGAGCAGCGGCAUGUUCCUGGACAAGGGCGAGGACGCCGUGGUGCGAGCCAUCGAGGACCGCAUCAGCCUCUGGACCUUCCUGCCCCUCGAGAACCAGGAGUCACUGCAGAUCCUGCGGUAUGGCGUGGGGCAGCAGUACGAGGCGCACCACGACUACUUUGACGACCCGGUCAACACGCAGCAGGGCGGGCACCGCUACGCCACGGUGCUCAUGUACCUCAACAACGUCACUCGCGGGGGCGAGACCACGUUUCCCGAGCACAAGGACCCCACGCCCAAGGACGACUCCUGGACCGACUGCGCCAAGGGCGUGCUGGCAGUGAAGCCGGUGCGGGGCGACGCGCUGCUGUUCUACAACCUGCAUCCGGAUGGCUCAGUGGACCCCAGCAGUCUGCACCACGCGUGCCCCGUGGUUGAGGGGCAGAAGUGGUCUGCGCCCAAGUGGAUCCACGCCCGCUCCUACGACUCCCCUGCACCCGGCUUCCAGACGGGAGGCCUCUGUGUCGACGCUAACGGCCUGUGUGAUGCGUGGGCAGCCACGGGUGAGUGCGAGAGGAACCGGCCUUACAUGAUUGGCACAGCUGCCAACCCCGGUGCCUGCCGCAAGGCAUGUAAUGCAUGUGAGGACGUCACUGCUGAGUAUAGUGAAGAUGACUAUGGCGAGGACACAGAGGCGAAAUCUGGAGUUGAGGGGAAAGAGGGUGACAGUGUAAGCGCAGGCGAUGCAGUGCAGUCAUCAUGA